CUAAAACAUUUUGUACCACAAUUUCAGCAUUAGGCUUAGGCUAGCUUAGUUUAGCUCUGGCUUUUAAUAUACAGAAAAUGUUCUGUAUGUUCUGCUGUUCAACAAGAGACACAUUAACAUACAUACACACAAUAAAGCAUAGACUGAAUGUGGUCCCUAGAGCAAUGUAACAUUCCAACAUAAAUUGCUUAUUUCCUGAAUGUAUGUGUACUAAAGUUGGUUCCCUAAUAAAACUGUAAAUUGAAAUUGGACUGUAAUAUCCUGGAUAGAAGUUUCACCUGGAAGGAAAGUCUUAAGUGCUUAAAGAUAAGUUUCUGCUUGUCAGCAGGCAACAAUACAACAAAACAAAAAAAACUAAAAUGACAACUGAUUAAUUAUUCCUGGCUUAAUAUGUUUAGUACGUAAUAUGUUUUGCUUUAACAUUUCAUAAAAGAAGUCCAAACACCAUUUUGUGUCCACAUCAAAUGUGGAAAUGGCUUCCACUCACAAUUAAUGGAGCAUGCACUGAGCAGGAACAGUACUCCUACACAUAAAAAAAAAAACCAAGAGAGCCUGGGGGCGAGCAGCUAAAAGAAUUAAAGAGCAAGAUGAACAUCAAGGGUAGAAAAAAGGACACACUCUGCUACAACACAGGGUUAAAGGUAGAGAGGAGUGCGUCAGCAUGGUGUAAAGGAUAUGUGGGCAGGCUUCUCUCUCUCUCUCUCUCUCUCUCUAUCUCUCUCUCUCUCUCCUCCGUCGCCCUGAGCUCCCAUCACAAUGCUGCUCUACUUCCUGCCAGCUGAAUAGAGAUCAUGUGGCCUCAGUCACGGGCACACACAAAGCCGUAGCAGGAAGUGUGUGUCUGUUUUCUUUGCUCACUCCUCCCAUCUCCUCUUCUCUCCUCUCCUCUGCUCUGCUCUCCUCUCCUCCCACUCCCGAGCUCGCGUUCACUCUCUUCUCUUUUCCCGUCCUCUCCUCUGCAUCCAUCCCUCUCUCUCGUUCUGUCUCUGUUCUUCCCUCUCUUUGUCAGCUGCGCUGCAUCCCCAGCCACUAUCCCGUCUGUGGAGUCGGAGAAAAAGGGGGAACCGGGGAGAAGGAGGAACAACAGAGGCAGCUUAAGCCGGACAGAGAGGCCCCUUUUUCUCAGCUUCCUUUCCUUGGCAGGAGCUGGGAGAGGGGGUUGAGGGGGUAGCGGCUGCAGCUCCAAGCCAUGGAGGCUCCGGUGCGGGAGAGUGGGGUGGCGCUGGCGCUGGCAGCAGCGGCGUCCAACGAGUCCCUGCCUCCACCCACCCUGAGCCCGGCCGUGCCACCCUAUGUGAAGCUGGGCCUGACGGUGGCCUACACCGUCUUCUACUCGCUGCUCUUCGUCUUCGUGUACGCGCAGCUGUGGAUGGUGCUGCGCUACCGGCACAAGCGCCUCAGCUACCAGACGGUGUUCCUGUUCCUGUGCCUGCUCUGGGCGGCCCUGCGCGCUGUGCUCUUCUCCUUCUACUUCAAGGACUGCGUGAUGGCAAACGCGCUCGGGCCCUUCGCCUUCUGGCUGCUCUACUGCUGCCCCGUCUGCCUGCAGUUCUUCACGCUCAGCCUCAUGAACCUGUACUUCGCCCAGGUUGUUUUCAAGGCCAAGUCCAAGUACUCACCAGAACUUCUCAAGUACAGGCUACCCCUGUACCUGGUCUUUCUGUCCAUCAGCUUACUUUUCCUGGUGGUUAAUCUGACCUGCGCUCUCCUGGUCAAGAUGACAAACACAGAGACCAAGACCAUAGUCCUGGUGCGAGUGGCCAUCAACGACACACUCUUUGUCCUCUGUGCAAUCUCCCUCUCUUUGUGUCUCUACAAGAUUGCAAAGAUGUCCCUUGCCAACAUCUAUUUGGAGUCUAAGGGAACGUCUGUGUGCCAAGUGACUAUAAUCGGAGUAACAGUGAUUCUGCUCUACACAUCACGUGCUUGUUACAACUUGGUGGUGCUUGCUCUCGCCGACAUCAAAAGCAUCAACUCUUUUGAUUAUGACUGGUACAAUGUUUCAGACCAGGCAGAUCUGCACUCCACCCUAGGGGAUGCAGGAUACAUCGUGUUUGGCGUGAUCUUGUUUGUGUGGGAACUGCUGCCUACAUCUCUGGUGGUUUUUUUCUUCAGGGUUCGGAGACCAGCUCAGGACAGAAGUGCAGCCAUCAUCCCUGGUCACGUCUUCUCUUCAAGGGCUUAUUUCUUUGACAACCCCAGGCGUUAUGACAGUGACGAUGACCUGGCAUGGAGCAUUAUCCCACAAAAUAUUCAAGCCAGUUUCACAGCAGACAGCUAUGACUGGGGCAGCCAGACCAGCGGUUUUGCCGCUUAUAUAGGUGAUGAAGACUCCCAACUGGCUCCGCCCCCUGAGGAGCUAAACCCUUACUAACACCGUCCAUUGAGCCUUCGGAGGACACGGGGAGACAAGGGCUGAGUGUGAACAGAGAUUACAAACUCAAAUAUUUUGUAUUACAACUUUUGUAUAAGUAAUCAAAAUGUAUAGUUUGAAGCCAGCAAUAACCAAGAGGAAUUACUGUAUUUUUUGUGGGCGAAUGCCACACACCCCAACACUUCUGAGUCCUCUGUAUAUGUUAUGUUAACAUGAUCAUUAAUAUGUUUCAGAUGGUUGAUAUCGAGGGUUGUUUAAUGUUUGUUAUUUUCUAUUGAUUGUUAGGAAAUCAACUUUAAAUUAAUUUAUUAUGAACAAUUAUUUGAGGUCUCCUUUUUUACUCCCUCUCCCACAUUCACCUUUACUGAGACAUGUUUUUUCCUGUGCGCACCUUUUGUAUGUGUUUGAUAAGACACACAUCUCAAAAGAUGUGAAUUAAAGAUACUUUGUAGGGAAACACUCUUUUAA